AUGCGUAUUAAACUGUACAAGCCCCUUCCCGACCAGCAGUUGGUCCUGUAUUCGGAUGCUUGUAAGACUGCUGUCGGGAUGACGUUAUUUGUCCAUAUCCCCGGAGGAAUCCUACGCUUUGUUGUGGAAGAAGUUACCGAUGCGUAUCUGGUCGACCGAGCGUUGGAGGCGGCGAAGCUCCAAGCAAUAGCCGAGCCAGACGUAGGCCUAGAGAACUUGGCUACCUAG